AUGUCUGUCCUCCGUGAACUUGGUAAAACUGGCGCUAAAAUUCCAGUAAUUGGACUUGGAUGUAUGGGAAUGAGUGAGUUUUACGGAUCAUCUGAUGAAGCGGAAAAUUUAAAAGUAUUAAAUCGUUCGAUUGAUCUAGGAUGCAUCUUUUGGGACACUGCUGUAAGCAUAAUUUUUGACCGUAUUACCUAG